AUGACAUUACAUUGCAAACAGUAUGUUAGUGAAUAUUAUAAAUAUAUUAAUGAUUUAUUUAUGAAACAAGAAAUUGGAUUACUACUUGAAGCAGACUUGAUUCAAGAACAAAUAGUUAGCGAUUCUGGAACAAUAUUGAAACAAUUAGUUCAUAUGAUACAUGAAUCAUUGAUGACUUAUCAUGAAGAACAACAUACAAGCAAAGAGAUAGUUACUCAACAGCAACAAACUGAUGAAAUAACAGCGGCUAGAAGUAAAGAAGAAGCAAGACAUUUCAAUAUUGAAGAAUAUAAUGUUGAUAAACAAAAUAAAGUUUUACUGGAACCAUUAAUGAAUAUGACAAACAGUUCAAUAACGAUUGUUGAUCAAAAACAUCAUUUAACAAUAUUGGCGCUUGUUGACAAAGAGCGAAUAGCAGUUGCAAAAAAAAAAUAG